CCAUUGUUUUGCAACCCUACCGCGCGAACACUCUGUCUGCAACUUUGAUUCGGCGUCACUUUCCUUACCUGUUGAGGUUUCUUAUAUUUUGUGUUUUGUGCAUUUUACUUUAAAUAAAAGCAUUUAUCAGCAUGUCAAUGUUCUGGGGUUUAGUGUUAAAACCCAAUAGGAAGUACUCCCAAACUAUUGGGAAAUCUUUCCACAUUUCAAGCGUUGCUAUCGACAAGGGGGAGGAGGCCAAGCUUUAUCUAACGGCCGAAAAGCAAAAGUAUACUGUGGCAACAGUUAACAAGGCUAUACCCCAGGUGCAGUUGGACCUUAAUUUCAGCAAGGGAGAUCAAAUUAUUUUCCAGUCAACUGGAGAUGCUCAAGUUUCACUAUUGGGCUAUAUGCAUGAUGAUGUUGAUUCCGAAGAUGAAAAUGACGACGACUUUACCAUUGAACAAUUGGCAAAUGCUGUCAAGGGGAGCAAAGGUGCUGAUUUAGAUGGGGAUGAUGAUGAGGAGGAGGAGGAGGAAGAUGAUGAUGAUGAUGAAGAAGACGUUGAUGAUAGCCAACUUCUAGCGGAGUUUGAAAAUGGCCAGGACGAUGAUGAUGAUGACGAGGAUGAUGAGGAGGAACAAGAAUCAGAUGAUGAUGAAGAAGAGGAUGAUUCCGAUGAAGAAGAAGAAUCAGACGAUGAGGAAGCGGCUGCAGAACCCAAAGCAAAGGUUGCUAAAUUGUCGCCCACAGCUAACGCCAAUGCCAAGAAGCAAAAUGGCGUAUCCAAGAACGAGCAGCCCAAACAGCAGCAACAAAAGCCAGCAAAGGGAAAAAAAGAAGCAGAGCCCAGCAAAAAGGAGAACACUAAACAGCAAGCAAGCGGAGGUGAACGUACUGUUACCGGUGGCGUAAAGAUUCUUGACCUGACUGCCGGUAAAGGCGAAGAAGCAAAGGCUGGAAAACGUGUGGCCGUAUACUACAAUGGAAGGCUGCAAUCCAACAACAAGACCUUUGACAGCCUUCUGCAGGGCAAAGGCUUCAAAUUUGCCAUUGGUGCUGGUGAAGUUAUCAAAGGAUGGGACGUGGGAGUAGUUGGCAUGAAAGUGGGCGGCAAACGUCGCAUUACAUGCCCACCACACAUGGCCUAUGGUGGUCGCGGUGCUCCGCCCAAAAUUCCGCCAAACUCUACACUAGUUUUCGAUGUGGAACUGAAAUCUGUUAAUUAGAUUGGUCGAUUGAUUUUUCUCUUAUAAAAGUAGCAUUUAAGUAUUCAUCAUAGCACACAUUAUUGGAAAAAUAAUCCGUUGUCUGUGCUGUGCAAAAUAUGUACACAAAUAAAGUUGAAACAUUUCCUUAA